GGCACCGAGUCACCAGGCACGACAGCGGGCUCUGAGUCAACUGGCAUGACAGCGGGCACCGGGUCAUCAGGUACCGGAUUGUCUGGCUCGACAGCGGGCAUCGGGUCACCAGGUAUGACAGCGGGCACUGGGUCACCAGGCAUCAGGUCAUUUGGCUCGCCAGCGGGCACCGCGUCAUCUGGCAAGGCAGUGGGCACCGAGUCACCAGGUACCGGAUCAUCUGGAUCAACAGCGGGCAUCGAGUCAACUGGCCUAAUAGGAUCGUCAGGCUGGAUCAGUUCAUCAUGCUGGGUAGAGGCAUCAGGCUGAAUGCAGGCAUCAGGCUGAGUAGAGGCAUCAGGCUGAGUAGAGGCAUCAGGCUGAGUAGAGGCAUCAGGCUGAGUAGAGGCUUCAGGCUGAGUAGAGGCUUCAGGCUGAGUAGAGGCUUCAGGCUGAGUAGAGGCAUCAGGCUGAGUAGAGGCAUCAGGCUGAGUAGAGGCAUCAGGCUGAGUAGAGGCAUCAGGCUGAGUAGAGGCAUCAGGCUGAAUAGAGGCAUCAGGCUGAGUAGAGGCAUCAGGCUGAGUAGAGGCAUCAGGCUGAGUACAGGCAUCAGGCUGAGUACAGGCAUCAGGCUGAGUAGAGGC